AGUAGACAGUCUCUUCAUUAUCACCUUUCCAAGCUUAAUUCUUCAUAUUCGCUGAUCUCGUCGUGUCUUCUUCCAUUGAAAAACAUGAGUCACUCACACCAGGCUCCAGAAGUGUAUCCUCCACCACCAUCCACAGCAUACCCAUCAUCAGGACCAUAUGUAGCUCCACCCCCAGCUGGCUACCCCAUGAAAGAUGCUCCCAACCCCCAAAAUCCUCCUCCAGUUGAAACCAAGUCCAGGGGUGAGGGCUUCUGGAAAGGAUGUUGUGCUGCCUUGUGUUGCUGCUGUGUCUUGGAUGCUUGCUUCUGAGGAUAUUGAGAGAGAGUGCUUCUAUACAUAGGCGUAUACAUAUAUUUGUGUUCAUCAUUCUUCCCUUUUGAUCAUUGUAGAUUUUGGAUUAUUAUCAUAGGGUGACGGGAUUAGUUGAUUGAUUCCUCACUCUUGUAUUUUCUGUAUUUGAUGUUAGUGUUAUUAUUGUUAUUUGUUUAGCAUUUGAUU